AUAACCACUCUUAGAAAUCAUAAUUCUACACUUUAGAUGAAGCUACCUUUGUCUUGGGAAGAAAAAUUCAGAGUCGUCUGAUAUAUUCUCCACAAAAAUGUUGGGGCAAAGGUGAUGGAGAAAGGAGCCGAGGUAGAGGCAGUUAAGGGAAGAGCCCAAGGAUUUGGCAACAAAACGUGGCUUACGGCUGACUUCCUCUCCAUUACGCCACCACAAAGUCUUCCACUUUUUUCAGUUGGUCUCCCUCCCUCUCUCUCUCUCUCUCUAGAAUAUAGCGGUGUUGGUAUGUCAGUAUGUGCUUUGUCCAAACAGUUGCAUUCUUUUCUUAAAAUCUCCAACUAGUUGUUGCUGUAGAAGUGGGGGUGCCGCUUAUCCUUCCGUUUUCCCCUUUAUCUUUCUCUCCACUACUAUUUUGGCUUUCUCCAUUUUUUUUUCUCUCACUUCCUAGCAAAUCUGCCCCCUCCAACACUGCUUGUUUCUCGGGAAUCUGCUGCUUACUGCUGCCAUCUCUGCUUGAUUUGUGUGGGUUUUGGCUCCUGGAUCCGGUUCUUGAGGUAAGAUAAAGUUGUGGGUUACUCAUGGUAUAUGACUCAGAUGGAUAGAGGUGUAUGUUAUGCAGUCUGCCACUAAAUGAGUUUUAUUUAGUUCGAGAAGGAAUAUGGAAAAUGUACUUGGUUGCCGUUAAUGGUGCUACUUAGUUGGAAGGGAAGAAUGGAAAAUAAGUUUGUUAAUGGGCCAAAAGAUGGCCAAGUGAAAGAAGAUAUGUUGAAUAGCUUAGGAGAAGAUGGAGAAUCAGCACAAGGCAAUGAUUUGGAUUUUUCUGAAUCCAAAUCCAAAAGGUUGGCAAGAAAAGGAAGAUCAGAGCAAGCAGUGAUAUUGAAUGUUAAGAAAUUGCAAUCUAGAGGAAGUGUUAAGGCGGAAUCAUUUACUCAUGGCUUGAAUAAUAGGAUGCCAAAGCAUAUUAUGAGUUUGGAUGAAAGAUAUCUCCGUCGCUGCCUGGAACUGAUACAUAUCAGUGCAUCAAAAGCUGCUCCGUGUAACAUAUCUUUGAACUUAAGCUCCCUGAAGAUGGGCAUUUUUUCUGACACUUUGAAUUUGCCUAAAUUUAGAGGUAGAAAUACUUGUGAUAUGUCUAAGCUUGUAAUUGAAUGUCCAGUGGCAACUGGAACUGGGGAUGUAGUUGUAAGCCCUGCAGGACAGUGGGUUGUUGGUACACUCAUGGGAAGUAAGAGUAUGAUGAAAAUAUUGAAGAGUCCUCUGUUUCGCCAAUUUGGUGCAUUAGAGGAUGAUGUCAAAUUUGGAGGAACAAGUCUGAUUGAUGCUAAAGGAGCAAUGUGCACUGAUUUCAUUAGCUCUCCUGGUGGGUUAAGCAUCAGGUCACCACAGAAUUUACCCAAGGGGAAUAUUUCACAAGGAAAUCAUAGAUAUGGACCUGAAGCCGUACAUAAAAGGCUUAUUUCAACAUCCAGUACAAACUCAACAUGCUCAGAUCAGUCUCCUUCUUCUGGUUUUGCCACUGUUUCUCAGGGAAUGCUCCAAUGCACAUGGAAGGGUGGAAUUCCACAUUUUGUUUUCUCUGUGGAUGAUCAGAGGGAGGUCUAUGUAGCCAACCAGUGGAAGGCUGAGCUACCAGAUGAUAAAGCUUUGGACUGCAUGUACUUGUUUCAUUCCAGAACAGGUGGCCAAAAGGAACACAAGAUUCCUGAUAAUAAAGCAGAUCUUGUAGGUAAAAUGAAAGUGUCGUCUUCUUUCACACUUUGCCCAAAUAAUUCAAAAAUCAUGGAGACUGAGUUUGUUUUCUUUGGUGGUAGAGAAAAUUAUGCCUCUAAGAUGCAAACUUCCAGUAGCAUCAUUAGGAAGAAUAAGGGGUUGUCAAAGAAGGUGGUGGAAGUGUUCAGAACCAGUCACUCAUCCAAGCAGAGGACCACUUCCAAAUUUGGUGGAACGACUGCCAUACUAGAGAAUGACUCUUGGGAACAAUGCCAAGAUACAUGCAACAAUCCCAGUGCUCUAGGUAGGACAAAUCUUUUAGAAAAUGAUCUUCCACCAAAUCUUGAAUUGGCUGCCAUAGUCGUGAAAGACCAUCUUCCUGGCAAGCGUCAGGAGGCAGAAGUUGGAGGUUGGGGUUUGAAAUUUCUCAAGAAGGUUGGGCUUAAGCAAAACUCUGCUUAUCUAGAAGCGUCACUACCUUCAGAAUGCUGUCUACGUAGUACAGGUGAUUGUUCUACAAGCAUGGACAUUCUUGUCCCUGCUGGUAUUCAUGGUGGACCAAGAACCAGAAAUGGUGGUCCUUCUAGUCUUAUUGAAAGGUGGAGAUCUGGUGGAUACUGUGACUGUGGUGGCUGGGAUAUUGGGUGCCCACUCACAGUACUCAAAACUAGAGCAACCAAAGAAGAGUUUUCACACCACACAGAUAUCCAAGAGGAAUACAAGUCAUUUGAUCUUUUUGCACAGGGUUCAGAGCUCAGUGCACCUAUCUUGAGGGUGGUAAACGUGCAUGAUGGUUUGUAUUUUAUUCAUUUCCGAUCAAUGCUGUCAGCUCUGCAGUCUUUCUCAAUUGCAGUGGCAAUUAUUCAUACUCGGAGUCCCAUUCUCCGACCCAAAACUGUAUAGAGUUGAAGUAGCAAGAACCAGCGAUGAGCUAAUGUAGUUAUAAUCUCUUACUGUAUUACAGUUCUGAAUUAAAUUAUUUAUACAUGAAUUGAGAUGUCUGUUGUUUUUUUUUUACGGUUGUGGAUUUCUCUAGUCUCAGGCUGUUUUUGUAUGUCAAGGUAGUAGAUACUGAUUCAACCGCUUGUUCUUCAAUUCUCAACUUGUAAUCCUCUCCUUGAACGAAUUCACAAUGCUUUUAUUACAGAAAAUUUUGUACCA